UCAUUCGCGGAGUGCAUGUGCCGGGCCGGCCUCAGACGUGGCACCGCUCGCGCUCACGCUCGCGCUCGCCCGCACCUCCCCCACUCCCACCCCCAUUGUGUGACGCUCGGCGUGCUGCUGCGGGAGCUGUCCCGCAUGCGACGGUGCUGAAACCCCGCAACGAGAGCCCGCCGGCCGCGGAUCGCCCCGCGCGAUACACAGCAACGGGCAGGCUGCCUUCACGCGCGCGUCCUGCUCCGCGGAGGACGUGCGGAACGCGCCGGCACUGCAACCCGGCGCCGUCCCCACCAUCUGACGUAGGAUGAAGUGAGCACCGCCGAGGUAUUGUGAUUAAAAAUGAUUUUACACCCCGGGAGCCCCGAGCAACUCCGCGUUAACUGCGCCGGACCCGGAUCAGCCGCGAUCGCUUUGCCCAGUCCCGCUUCUGCGCAGAACGAACGGAAGGAAUUAUUGGGAAUAACAUUUUAAAAGAUGCAGAAAAAUGCAAACUGGUGAUCGCCUAAAUAUGAAGGGAAUAAGAUGGACCGCGGUCCACAGACGAUUCAUCUGAUGGAGGCUCGAGAGAGGAAGUGACACCUCACGACACCGAACGGGGCCAGGGCUGGGCUGGACACCGGGAGCGGUCUCAUCCCAGAAGUCCGACGGAGUACCGCACAUUGGUCAACUAAUUGCUUUCACAGCCGGAUUAUUUUCACUGUGUGUCCCUUGUUCCCUCCGCAUGGCGACAAGGGGGGGGGGGGUGAUGUCCAUUUUGCGGUCGAACUGAUGGCAUCGCGUCCCUUUAAAGAUCCGGCACCGUUAUGAAACUACAGCAGACCACAUCGGGAAGUGCUUGUGCAGAGCUCGACUGUAACACAUCGCCUCUGCUCUUGCUGGAUUCAUGGAUGUGCGGCGCGCAGAAAAUGGGAGGACAAUAGUGUGUCUUCUGGGUUACCUACGAGAAGACAGACAGGCAGCACCUUCGGGACACACUUAUUUAUCAAGCCCUUUGUAGGCAUUUUCCAUAUUUCCUUCAUUUUUCCUUCAGUUUACCCACUCGCGGUAUCCCCUUUUAGCCAAUUUGCUGGUCGAAUAAUUUCAAGUAGUUUCUCUUUAUUCUACCUGGGACAUCAGCCAUUAAUGCAUCUACUGACUUUACAACACUCAUAGACAUGUGAAGCCAUCUAAGUAAGGUAUCUACACCUUGUUACAUUUUGAUAGAUGACAAAGGGCCCCAUUUCUGUGAUGCUAUUUGAAUUAUUUCUGUAGAAAAAUCACUUUGAGUGUUGCACACAGAAGGAAUGGCGAUGGUUUGUAGUUAGUUAAGUUGGAAUCACCUUUGUGUCAAAGUGGAAGGUAGACCUUUCAAAGAAAUAAUUUACCAAAUCACAAGAUUAGAACAAAAUUAGAAGCACAGCAAACAAAUUGCACACAAUUUAAGCAAACAAGUAUGCACUGGUGUUCUGGGAACGUCUUUCUUGAGGUGUCAUUUAAAACAUGAUAAUCACAUAAUUAAAAAAAACUCCAGAUCACCUGAACUCAUCAUUUUAUAGUUGCAACAGAAGGGCACAUGUUGUUGGUAGUUGGUGUCAUUGUAUGGUGUCGGGGAUUGUUGAGUCACAGACAGAUGCUGCGCCACCAGGGAAUGGUGAAAGGCCGCUGCUGCGUCUUGUUCAGUGACCUCAAGGUUUUCCUGCUCAGGGCGCCGGGCCCAACGGCGUCGCCGCCGCCUCCAUUUUCCCCUAUGAGCGGAGCAGAUGCAGAGAGCCAUGCGAAUGGUGUGGCAGGAGCCGGCGGUGCUGCCCAGAACAACAACACUCUAAUAAAUACCCCUCAGGCGGGUGGCUGGACUGUGCCUUCGACAGGGGGUGCCACUGGGGAUGAGGAGAGCGGAGGAGCAGAGGGCUGGUCCAGCACCGCGGGUGAGCGGUCGGGCACCUUGGACUGCAGCAGCUCUUCAGACGACCUGGCCAAGGAGAAGUCAGAGGAACGACUUUCCCUCACCAGCUGUACUGAUAGCGGUGUUAGGACUCCCUUGUGCAGAAUCUGUUUUCAGGGACCCGAGCAGGGGGAGCUGCUGAGCCCGUGCCGGUGCAGUGGGUCAGUGCGUUGCACCCACCAGCCCUGCCUCAUCAAGUGGAUCAGCGAGAGGGGGUCCUGGAGCUGUGAGCUGUGCUACUACAAGUACCAGGUUAUCGCUAUCAGCACCAAGAACCCGCUGCAGUGGCAAGCCAUCUCACUGACGGUCAUAGAGAAGGUGCAGAUGGCUGCGGCCCUGCUGGGCUCGCUGUUCCUCAUCGCCAGUGUUUCCUGGCUCAUCUGGUCCUCCUUCAGCCCCUCGGCCAAGUGGCAGCGGCAGGACCUGCUUUUUCAGAUCUGCUACGGCAUGUAUGGCUUCAUGGACGUGGUGUGCAUUGCAUUGAUCAUCCAUGAGGGUCCGUCUGUGUACCGGAUCUUCAACCGCUGGCAGGCAGUGAACCAGCAGUGGAAGGUGCUGAACUACGACAAGGUGAAGGACUGUGAGGACCAGAAGGCCGGCCCUAGCACCCGGACUGUUCUCCUUCCAACCCAGAGGGGUGGCGGCCAGGCCAGCGGACAGGCCUCCACCUCCACUUCCUCUCUCAUGAACGGUCUGGCCUCUUCUGCCCCAGUCACCACUGCAACACCUCGGCCUAUGGCCACAGGCACCACGGGCCUGACCCCCCAGGACUCCUCAGACCAGAGCAAUGGGCCCCCCUCCCUGCCCGAUCACCACUGUGCGUACAACAUCCUGCAUCUCCUCAGCCACCUGAGGCAGCCGGAGACCAGAGGCCAGUCCAGCAGCAGCAACCGAGAGCUGGUCAUGAGAGUGACCACGGUUUGAGGCUGAGCCCCCAGAGGCCCCCAAUGCCUUACUUUAUAUGCGACUUUUUUAGAGGCUGAGGAAAGGCAAACACAAACCUAACCCAACCGUUUUGCCCGAUGUUCUGGUUCAAUCACAGCAAGAGGCCCCUCCCAUCGACGGGCAGUGGCAUUGUGGGCACAGCGGGACAGCGUGUGAUUGUGCCAGGAGCUGAAGUGUUUUGACUUCACUGUCUCGUCAUUGAUUAAAUAAAAAU